AUGCUGAAGUACGACGAUGACGACGAGGAGUUCCUCAAGUUUAACUUGUCGGUGGCCGACUUGAGCGACCUCGAAAACAUUGACCAGAUCCCUCCCGAGAAGUCGAUGAGGGACUACUUCGACGAGGUUGGUCUGUCUCCGUCCAUGAUGAAGCUGUGCGAGUCUGGAUACGCCAACACUGCCGGCGGACCGCUGGAAGACAUCUCCAUGCGCACUACGUGCCGCUAUGAGAAGCAGUGGAUCGAGCUGGAGGACGAGGGAGACUUCCGCGUCGUGCCAAGCUUCAUGCGCUUCGUCAACCUCUUCGCUGAAGGUGUGACGACCCGCCUCAACUGGCCUGUGGCUAGCGUGGACUACUCGCAGAGCUACCGUAUCCUGGUUACUAGCACGUCGGGCAAGCAGCUCUCGUGCCGCGCGCUGGUGGUGACUAUGUCCACCGCGGUCUUCUCGAAGAUCGCGUACACCCCGGACCUCCCGCAGGAGAAGAUCGAGGCCGUGAAUUCGUUCUCCAUGCGCCGCGCGGGCAAGGUGCUCCUGCACAUGUCGGGUCGCUUCUGGCCCGAGGACGCCCACGGUGUCAUUUGCUCCGAGUGCUUCCUGCCCGAGUUCUGGUUCAACAGCUCCAAGGGCAUCGGCCACCUGCAGCCUAACGGCGACAACACUCUGAUUGCGGAGCCCGAGACGGAGGACGCGGUGGAAGAGGACAAGGCUCAGUACUUGAUCACGGGCUUUGCAGGCGCGCUGUACGCCGAGAGCUUCGUGGGCGUGGACCAUGACAAGAUCAUUGAGAACUUCCUCGACCAGCUCGACAUGAUCUACGGCACGGUGGACGAGCCCAAGCCGGCACACAAGCACUUCGUCCGCGGCAUGUACAAGGACUGGGGUGACGAGCCGUGGAUCGGCGGCGGCUACGCUUUCCCGCGUGUCGGCCAGUCGGACACGGCUUCGCAGGAUCUCGCUGCCCCAGUGGACAACCGCAUUUUCUUCGCUGGCGAGGCCACUGCCUUCGAGCAGCCGGGCAUGUCGGUGCAUGCUGCUAUCGACACCGGCAGUCGCGCGUCCGUGCAGGCGGCACGUGCGCUGCAGGAGCAGUAG